CACUUCUGCAGUUCACCGUUCUGCAUUCUGCUGUCUGCUCGCUUCACUGCAUCAUAACCUUUCUUGUAAACAGUUAUAAAGGUUUUAAAGAGGUUUCAAAUUUUGAAGAAAUAUAAAUAAUUUUCUUAAACAAUAUUUUAAUCAAGAAGUUAGUGUAUGUGAGAAAAUGAGAUUACAAACUCCGUUGUUUCAGAACCAAGACCUUUGAGAUUUGUCGACUCUUUCGAUGAGAUAAACUACAGGAUCAGUGGUUGAAGUAAGUACUUGGAGUGAUGGAAAACAAGCAGCCAAUUCUAUUGCUUUAUGUGAUUUGAUCAAGGCGUUUGACUGAAUCUCGCAUGACAUAAUUCAAUUCAAUUUAAUUUUUCUUCCGUCUGUGACCAGUGUAUAUACUGGAUAGACAUUGUCGAUUUAUAAAACUCAAAAGUUCAAAUAUUUACAGUUAUCUCAAGAUCGCCGAUCAAAGAGACUGACAAAGUUUACAAUCUCCUCCUCAUUCAAGGAAUAGAGAGGGAGGUUAAUCAGUUUCUCUUGGAGCACUUUCUUGAGCACUUUUUCUUCCAACUCUCGCACCUGCAGUGGAAGUUAAUUGAAAAAUUUCAAUGCGUGCAUUGGAUAGCAGGUGUGCAGCGUAGGGAAGGUUAAUGUUGUCUCUCCUUCGAGUUGAGUGAUUGUGGAUCUGGCCUCUUGCAAGGAGUGUGUGAAGUUGGCCUUUCAGAAGCACAAGGGAGCUGAACACAUAUUGACUGAAGACAGUUUUUAUUUCGGUAGUCAUAUGACAUGAUCCAACAAUGCUCAGAAGCAGGAAAAAUAAACUAGCAGAAACAGUAAAAGAAUUUGACACAUUCAAUAAGCUUCCGGAAUCAUUUGUAGAAUCUUCUAGAGUUGGCGGCACAUUUACUUUGAUCACGCUGACGUUAAUAACAUGGCUCGUCUACUCGGAAAUUCGUUACUAUUUUGAUAACAGAUUUAUUUUCAAGUUCUCACCCGACACGGAUUAUGAUGGAAAAAUCAAAUUGAAUAUUGAUAUCACUGUUGCAAUGCCUUGUCAAAAUGUUGGUGCCGAUAUUCUUGAUUCAACAAACCAGAACGUGAUGAUGUUUGGUAAUUUAGAAGAGGAAAACACGUGGUUCGAAUUGAGUUUAGAACAGAGGAGGCAUUUCGAUAAUGUUCGGCAUUUCAACAUGUACCUCAGGGAACAGUUCCACGCUAUCCAAGAUCUGCUCUGGAAAUCUCGACAGGUGCAAUACUAUGGUGAUCCUCCAACAAGAAAAUACAUGCCGGUAACUCCGCCGGACGCGUGCCGACUGCACGGCACUCUGGAGCUGAACAAGGUGGCCGGCAACUUCCACAUCACGGCCGGCAAGUCGCUGUCCCUGCCGCGAGGCCACAUCCACAUCUCGGCCUUCAUGUGGGACAACGACUACAACUUCACGCACCGCAUCAACAAGCUCUCCUUCGGCGACCCCAGUCCCGGCAUCAUCCAUCCCCUCGAGGGCGACGAGAAAGUCACCACCGAGAAUAUGGCUUUGUUCCAAUACUUCAUUGAAGUUGUUCCUACUGAUGUACAAACAUUUAUGACUCAUACACAGACAUAUCAGUACUCCGUCAAGGAUCAUUUGAGACUUGUCGAUCAUCAUAAAGGAUCUCAUGGUGUGCCAGGAAUAUUCUUCAAGUAUGACAUGAGUGCUCUAAAAGUGAGUGUGAGUGAGGAACGAGAGCCAUUGGAUCAGUUCUUUGUGAGACUAUGCGCGACUGUAUGCGGUAUUUUUGUGACAACAGGUUUGAUAAACAGUUUUAUUCAGUUUGUCCUGAGACUUUUCAAUUGCCAGAGAGGUGUCUCUUCAGCUACUACCGGCGCAGAUAUAAUCAAUAACAUCAGUGUCAUUGAACCAGAACCUUUAAUAGAGCGGUGACCUCAAAACUGUGAUAUUUUCUUGGUAAAUUACCAACUGAUUUCUAAUUUUUCUCCAUGCUAAUAUGUAUUUAGCAAACAGCAGUUUACCACGUUAAGUUGUUUGUGUAGGUGUAUUCUUCACUGCAGUACAUCCGAAUGUGAGGUGGGAUGAGUUUGCUGUGGCGCUUUAUUUUAGAAUAUCUUGGCAAUAACCGUUUCUGACGUUGAAAUUUGUAAUUACUGUAGUUCGGAUAAAGCAUUAAAUUGUUCAGUAUUUCACUAUGUGUUCAACAAUUAAAGUAGAGUUGGAUCUAAUUCUUUCAUUUGAAUAGUUUUCCUCUUGGAAAAUUUUGUUGGUUUGCUAUUUUUUCUAUAUCUAGCUCACUAUACAAUUAGCCUACAUGGCAUCUUACCGAAGGUUUCUUAUAUGAUUUUCUGAUAGUAAACACCGUCAGUGUACAUAGUUUUGACUCACUCAGAUCAGUUUAAAAUAAUGAAAUUAAUGUGGAAAACAUUUGUUGUUUACAUUUGAUUGUAGUUUGUGUAACUUUGAACCAGCUUUGAUUAUCUCAACCUUGC